CUAUGGCAUAGCAGAGUAAACCGAGGCUGAACUUUCUUCAAAGCAUUUCUGUAGUACUAAAUGCAUCUUUUGAGUUUUGAUUGAGGGGAGAAAGCCACAGUGAUGGCUUAUGCUGCCGUGAAUUCUCUUCUCAAAAUUCUUGAUGAGCUCCAAGAUCCGGAUCAACUUCAAGUCAUUCAAUAUCCUACGGAACAUGUCGAACACCUCCGACAGACGCUCCACUUCUUUCAAGAAUUUCUAGAAGUGAAUUUCUCUAGCGGCGGAGAUUUGGAAGUCAAAAUCAGAGAGGCGCUUUACAAAGCCGAAGACAUUUUCGAUUCCAACAUAUCGAAAUACGUCCUUAAUUCGAAGAAAGCAUACUGGAAAGAAGAAAACUACAUGUCCAGCUUCAGCCUGGCCUUGGAGGGAGUAAUCACUGAAGUUGAUUCCCUCACUAAAACGGUGAUUGCAUCUACCAUGAAGCCCUCCGAGUUGCCCGAUUCAUCAGCACCAGACGUCAGCGAGAGGAGCUUGACCGUGGGGCGUGAGGCUGUCCUAAUCGAUCUAACCGAUCGGCUCGUGGCGGGAUCUGACGCGCUCGGAACAGUUCCAAUUUUGGGGAUUUCUGGAAUCGGUAAGACACAUCUUGCUCGAGUUAUUUAUGAUGAUCCAAACAUUGUGUGUAGAUUUAGAUUGCGUGGCUGGGUUAAGGUAUCUCAGGAGUACAGUAAAAAGGAAAUAUUGCUCGGUGCCCUACGCUCUAUGGCAGAGAUUGCUAGUCAGGAGAGUUCGGAAGAUGAACUGGCUAGGCGUCUCUCGAGAAUAUUUAGGUCGGGGAAUUAUCUCAUUGUGUUGGAUGAUGUCUGUAACCCUAAGGACUGGAGUAACCUCAAGGAAUUGUUCCCGGAUUACCAUAAUGGAAGUCGAGUCAUGUUAACCACAAGGCGAAAGGAAGUGGCUGAAUCUGCUAGCAAUGGAGGGCUUUGUGUGGAAAUUUUCCCCCUCGACAAUGAAGAAUCAUGGAGUCUGUUUCAAAGUGUGGUCUUUCGCAACAAGUCCUGCCCAAAGGAACUCGAAGGAACUGCAAGGCGCGUUUGCGCUAAUUGCAAAGGACUCCCUUCAGCAAUAAUCACUGUUGGAGGAGUGCUUAUGGAGGCAGGCUCGGAUGAUUGGGAGUUUGCAGCUUCUUCUCUCAGCGGCUGUGGCGACAUUGAUGAGCUCGUAGAUGCAGUCAUGUUACUGAACUACAUGACCUUGCCACAAUACAUGAAAUCGUGCAUUCUCUACAUGGGGAUUUUCCCAAAUAAUCAUGAGAUACAUGUCCCAAAGCUCUUUGAAUUGUGGAUUGAUGAAGAAUUUAUUGAGAAGUCGGGCCAGUCUCAAAGCUUAGAGAAAAUGGCGGAGAAGUGCUUGUUGCAGCUUGUGGAAAGAGGUUUCGUUUUGGUUUCUGAGCAGAAUUCCGUUGGAAAGAUCAUUACUUGCAGAAUUGAUGGAUUUUAUGAUGAGUUUUUGAAGAAGAAGGCUGAUGAGGAGAAGUUCUUCCACUUUUUACCGACUUCGUUGAUAUCACAGCUCAGUCCCAGGAAGUUGACUGUUGGGCGUGACGAUGUGAUUAGACAUCUAACUAAUCGGCUCAUGGCAAGAUCUGAUGCUCUCGCUCUUGAAGCAGUUCCAAUAUUCGGGAUUUGCGGUGUUGGGAAGACACAUCUUGCUCGAAUUGUUUAUGAUGAUCCAGAUAUCGUCCAGAGAUUCAGAUGGCGUGCAUGGGUUAAGGUACCUUUGGAGUACAGUAAAAAGGAGAUAUUGCUCGGUCUUCUGCACUCCAUGGGAAAGCUGGCAAGUGGAAAGGGUCAGGAGAGUACGGAAGAUGAGUUGGCAAAGCGUCUCUUGACAAUCUUGAAGUCAGAUAGUUAUCUCAUUUGGUUGGAUGACGUGUGUAAUCCUGAGGCCUGGGAUAAUCUAAACGUACUAUUCCCGGACUGCAAUAAUGGAAGUCGAGUCUUGAUAACGACAAGGGGAAGGGAAGUAGCUGUAUCUGCUGGGCGGCCUAUUCCGGAAAUCUGCCUCCUCAGUGAGAAAGAAUCGUUGAGUCUGCUUCAUCAACAGGUCUUUCACUACAAGCCUUGCCCGAAGGAACUGAGAGAAACUGCAAGGAGUGUUUCUGGAAAGUGCAGAGGACUCCCUUUAGCCAUAGUCACGGUUGGAGAAGUACUUGUGGAGGCAGGCCAAGAAGAUUGGGAGAUUGCAGAGUCUUCACUCAGUAACUGUGAUAAACCAAAUGAUCUCAUAGAUGCAGUGAUGUUAUUGAGUUACAAGAGCUUGCCAGAAUACGCCAAAGCGUGCCUACUCUACAUGGGGAUUUUCUCAAAUAAUCAUGAGAUAGUGGUGUCAAAGCUCUUUAAAUUGUGGAUCGCUGAAGGAUUUAUUGAGAAGGAUGACCGGUUUGAAAGCUUAGAUGGAAUGGCAGAGAAGUGCUUGUGGCAACUUGUUAAAAGGCGUAUCAUUUUAGUUUCUGAGCGAAGUCCCAUUGGCAAGAUCAGAACGUGCAGAGUUGAUGGAGUUUAUGGUGAGUUUCUGAAGAAGAAGGCCAACAAGGAGGAGUUCUUCCACAUCAUAAGUGAGUACACAAGCCAUUUUCCUCGUGAAACUUUGAACCAGGGGCGAUUCUGCAUUAUCAAAAACAUCCAUUUCUCAAACAAAGAUGAGUUGCAGUCUGAGAAAGUUCGCUCUCUACUCUUUGGUGGUGUACAAGAACAAUAUUCAUUGUGGUUGCACUUACAUUUCAAAUUUCUCAAGGUGUUAGAUGCUCUUAAAAUUCGGUUUUACAGUUUCCCAGAUGAAAUACCUGAAUUAGUACAUUUGAGGUACCUUGCUCUCACCUAUGAUGGUGAGAUCCCAGAAAAAAUCUGCAGGCUUCGGAACCUGCAAUUCUUGAUUGUUCUUCAAUAUGUCUGCAGCAAAAUCUCUAAUGCUGUGUCUCGUCUGCCAGAAAAAAUUUGGGAUUUGAACCAGUUGAGGCAUCUUCAGUUGAUGGGAAGAGACUUGCCAGAUCCUUCAACAUCAACUCCAUGCCUAGAAAACCUUGUAACACUUUUAGGUGUGAGCUCUCACAGCUGCACCCCAGAAAUUCUCCAAAGAGUUCCCAACUUGAAGAAAUUCGGAGUUUUGAUUGAAUCACCAGCACUAGAUGCUGCUGAAGACUUCAGCUCUCUCUGUCAUCUCGUUACUCUUCAACACCUUGUAUCAUUCAAAUUUUUAGUUAUGCAUCCUGAUUUUGAAUCUCAAGUUGUACAUGUGAAUCCCUCUUUCCCUACCACUCUUACAAAGUUAUCUUUGAGUGGAUGUGGACUUUCAUGGGAGAAUAUGAAGGUUAUUGCCACACUGCCGAUGCUUGAAUCGCUAAAACUGCGAUGGCAUUCCUUCCAAGGUUCUGAGUGGAAGCAGGACCGAGAUGGGGAUGGGCAGAAGUACUUCCCACAGCUAAAAUACUUGCUCCUGGAAGACUUGGAUAUGGAACGGUGGAGAACGAACAGAGGUCACUUCUCUAUGCUGACGAAUCUGGUUGUUAGGCACUGCUACAAAUUGCAAGAGAUCCCUAUUGAGAUUUGCUAUAUCACAACAUUGAAAAAGAUAGAACUGGUUGAUUGCAGCUCAUCCGCUGUGGAAUCCGUUCAAAGGAUAAAGGACAAGCAGCCGACUAAAGGGAGUAUUCAAGUCAACACACAUUCUUCGCGUGAUGAUUAGAAGUUUGACGGUGGUCUUGAGUUCAUGAAUGGGAUUAAGGCUGAUCGUAUAGCUGAACUUUGUUACCAAAUUUACAUGAAAGAAGCUACUCACGAGUCAUGAAGGCAUGCUAUUGGACUCCGAGCUGGCUCUUUUAGUUUGGUUGGUGCAACUAUAUCUGCAAAAGAUUAUGCUUGAUCAUGAUUCUUGUGCAAAACCUAUUCUUGAAAAGUUAGCAUGUUAUGAGUUGAAAUUAUGUCUAUGAUGUCUUUCAGCGCACCAUAAAUAACUAAUAUCCCAUUUCUUCAACAUGUCUCUUUAUUUCCUUCCAACAAAAUUGUCUUUACGUUGUUAUUGAUGACACGAGUAUCUCCCAUUUUAUGCAAUAUAUACAUAGAUAUAACCUGCCUCAUAA